AUGGAUGACAGCGACUUUGCAAAGUACUUUCCUUCGUCGUUCGGUAAGUCGUCGUCGUCGUCAAAGCCAAAAGCAAAGCCGGAGCCACGCAAGGCCCAAGCUGACGAUGGCAUGGAUGCUCUUCGCGCUUUUAUGCCCACAUCAUUUGGCAAGCAGAAAUCAGCAAGGAGCAACUACACAAGCACCACUUCUGCGUCACAGGAACCUUCAAAGCAACCCACAGAUCAAGACCAGGAGAUCGAUAGCAAAGACGCCGUCAAGCCUCAGAUCAAGGACACCACAACAGCAAAGGAUCGGGACAGCGAGGACAAGGACGAUGAGGAUGAGGACGAGGAAGACGAUGAUGACAGCGCCGAUACUCCCUCCUCAUCUGUUAUCCCAGUUUCACACGAGAUCACCUUGAACGAGCACAGCAAGACGAUCUCUGCGAUGGCUCUUGAUCCUGCAGGAGCAAGACUUGUCACUGGAGGAUAUGACUUUAAUGUCUGUUUUUGGGACUUUGCUGGAAUGGAUACGCGGUUCAGACCCUUCCGGUCCAUGGAACCAUGCGGAGCACAUCAGAUACACGAACUCAAGUACUCAUUAACAGGAGACAAAAUUCUCAUCAUCUCGGGAGAGGCCAAGGCCAGGAUAUACGAUCGAAACGGGAUGGAGGUCGCUGAUUAUCAAAAGGGUGACCCCUACAUCCGGGACUUGCGGUUGACCUCAGGACAUGUUGCUGCUCUGACCAGUGGCGCCUGGCACCCUUACACCAAGGAUCGAUUCAUUACGUCUUCGACAGACGGUUCCAUCAGGCUAUGGGAUGUCGAGAACACCCGCAAGCAGGCUGAUGUCAUUGCCUACAAGACCAAGGAGCGUGGUGGAAGGACCGCAGUCACUUCCGUCGCCUAUAGCUCGGAUGGAAGAUUGAUUGCAGGUGGUAUGUCAACAACGAUUGAGAAUGCGCAUGUAAAAGGAACAGAGACAUCGUCGAUUAUAUUCUCCAGGGAUAGCCAGCGCAUGGUCACAAGAGGUGGCGAUGACACUGUGAAAUUGUGGGACGCUAGAAACUUGAAGCACCCGCUCUCGAUCGCUGAGGAUGUUGCCUCGUUGAACUCUGAGGCCAAUGUGAUCUUUUCGCCCGACGAGCGCCUCAUCCUCACUGGUACUGGAGUCAAGAAGAACGAGGGCUACGGCAAGAUCGUGAUGAUGAACAGUGAGAACCUGGAGGUUGUGCGCACUGUUAGCGUGUCCCAAAGUAGUGUUGUUAGAGUCCUCUGGCACGACAAGCUGAAUCAGAUUGUGGCGGGCAAUGCUGACGGAACAGCUCGCGUGUACUACGACCCUGAGGUUUCGAACAAGGGAGCCAAGCUUUGUGCGACCAAGACGCCAAAGAAGCGGGCGGUGGACGACUACGAGAUUGACAGACCCAUUAUCACCCCUCAUGCGCUUCGCAUGUUCAAGGAGGACAACACUAUGGUCAGCAAUAAGCGGAAACUGGAGAAGAUGCGAAAGGAUCCCAAGGCCUCUCAUCGCCCAGAGAUGCCUCUGUCAGGCCCAGGAAAGGCUGGCAAGGUUGGAACCAAUAUGACACACCAGGCCCUAACAGGCUUUACAAGAGACGACACCCGCGAGGAAGACCCACGUGCUGCGCUGCUGAAGUAUGCGGAAAUGACAGAAAAGGACCCUCAAUGGAUUACCCCUGCGUAUAAGAAGAACCAACCCAAAGCUGUGUACGACGACAGACCCGAUGGCGACGAGCAUCGCGAGCUGAAGCGGAAAAAGUGA